AUGGCGAUCAUCGUCGACAGUGACCGCAUUUACACUCACGACGUUUACACCGUCAACUUGGACGGUAACAAAAUCAAAGUAACAGUCACCGCCAAUGCUUCCGUAGUAAGAAAGUGGAUUUACACCACACUUUUUUUCAACCGCCGUGACAUACACUUAGUCGUCGGCCUCGGCGUUCAGUGGACUCCUGGCGGCAGCGAUCCUCCAGCUGAUACUUUACAGCUCUGUAUCGGUAACCGUUGCUUAAUCUUCCAACUAGCUCACGCUACCUACGUUCCAAGGAGUCUCCGGAACUUUCUUGAGAAUCCUAACCACACGUUUGUAGGUUUCUGGAACCAUUCCGAUCGCCAGAAGUUGGAGUCGUCGGAGUACCAAUUCGAGAUGUACAGAGAUCCGUUGGAUCUGAGGCAUUACGCUGAACUUGAGUAUGAAGAUGAAAACCUAGCUCGUGCUUCGGUGGAUGAAAUCGUUGAGAAAUGUCUUGGUUUUGAAAUUGAACAGAGUGGUGAAAUUGCAAGAAGUUAUUGGGACGAUAAAGUGCUGAGUGAUGAACAAGUUGUUUAUGCGAGUGUUGAUGCUUAUUGUGCUUUCCGCAUUGGGAAGAAUGUCAGAGCUUGGAAGUAUACAUGA